AAAUAAAUGGAAGUAAUUACGCUAUUCUUUACAGAUGUGAAUUAAAAAUGUAUUUAAUAAUGUAUAACAAAUAAAAUAAUAUAGAAAAUAUAAGAAUUUAGCAGUAGAACGAUACAAUAUUGCACGAAUAAUUUCUCAAUUUUUAAAUUUUUACAUUUUUUACAUUCUUCUUUUCCUCUUUAUUAAAAAUAUUUAAAUUAUAUCUACACAUUUCUGAAUUUCACACUUUUAUAUAUAUUUAUUAUAAAAAAAAUUAGCUACACGAAUAUCCACUUUCUUUACCCACUGCACAAAAAUUUAGUUUGAUCGUUCAUAUCUUUUAACUAACGAGUCGUGUUUCAUAUUUCAUUAUUAAUUCCAACGCGAUCCAAGAUAAUAAAAAUAGCAAUGUAAAAACUAUAAUUGCUUAAGAGUCUGGUUAAGUAAUAUGAAUGAUAUGUUCGAGAACAUAUCGUUAAACGUUAUAAUAACGCUAAUGGACGAAUGACACGCGUGUGACAUCAUUGGAAAUUAAAUAUUGAGUCACUUUAUGCAUCGUACGGUGCAUACGUAUCUAUCAAUUCUUAAAUAUUUUUAAUGUUCAAACGAAACUCGUAACUGUAUAUGGAUUGUGAUUAAAACACGAGUUAUUAAGUCAUUGAUUUCCAGAAAACUACAUAGACAGUCUGUCGGUUGAACAGUCUAGUGAUAACAUGGAUGUACAACGACUGGAGGAACGAUACUUAAAAAUAAAUAAAAUAUAUUCAAUCAUCGUUGGCAUGUGGCCGAAUCAAAAACGCAAAACGAUUCCCCGUAUUUUUGUAGAGUUGAUAGGGAUCCUGGGGCAUAUUACACAGGGAAGCAACAUAAUAUUAUUCUUUAGUCUACGUGUUGCAAUGGAUCAAAUUCCAUUUCUGAUAGUGGCUACUCUCCUAAUAAUAAAAUACAACAAUUUUAUUAUUAAUGAGCAAAAGUUCAAGGAAUUGUUCAUAAGUAUUUUAAAUGAUUGGCAAAAGAAGAAAACGCACGAGGAGGUUAUGAUCCUAGAAAAAUAUGCUGACAAAAGUUUAUUCUUUAUAUUAAUUUACGUAGUAAACGCGUACUUUUGCGCCAUCCUCUUCUUGAUCCUUCCCUUGACGCCUAUUUUAUUGGAUAUAUUCAUACCUUUGAACGAGUCACGGCCAAGGGUCCAGAUGUAUCCAGCGUAUUACUACAUCGAGAAUGAGGCCGAUUAUUAUUAUCCCAUUUUGAUAUUCUCGAUCGUAUCGUUGCUGACGGCGAUGUGCGUGUUCAUUGCAACGGACACGACACUGGUCUACAUCGUGCAACACGCUUGCGGAUUGCUAGCCCUCGCAGGUUACCGCUUCAGAAAUAGUUUGAACGAUUUGUACUCGUCGAAGAAAGAUUCGAAAAUAGAUGAAAAAAUAUGCAGAAGAUUGUGCUACGCCAUUGAAACUCACAAACGAGCGCUUGCAUAUCUCACCGAAAUCGAGGAUUUUUACUCUAUCAAUAUCUUCGCGCAAGUGGGUGCAUCAAUUUUGUGUCUUACUAUCACGAUGAUGAAGAUAGCUACAAUAACAUGGUCCAUGGAAACUAAUCAGUAUUACGGAUACGUAAUUGCUCAAGUGGUGCACAUUUUCUUCCUCACAGCUCAAGGCCAAUUCGUCAUUGAUUCACAUGACAAUAUUUAUUGGGAUAUGUAUGAACCAUAUUGGUAUAAUAUGCAAUAUAAAAUUCAAGCAAUGUUCGUUCUGAUUCUGCGAAGAAAUUUGAAUCCCCCUCUGUUAACAGCCGGUGGAUUAAUGCAACUAAACUUGAACACCUUUGCAGAGGUCGUGAAAACGAGUGUCUCGUAUUUUACCGUAUUAAAAUCUGUCUGAAUGCUAUUAAUUAUUCAAAAGAACAGUUGCCAAGUAUAAUGUAUUUUAAUGAUAAUGCAGAGAUAUAGUACCAGAUACCACAUGAAGAGGGCAAUAUGCACGUGAUUCUGUAUAUUAAUUUCAAUAUAUUAUAAACAAUAUGGUAAUCUAUAUAUGUAUUUACACUUUAUUUAUGUUCUUUUUUUAGAUGAAUAUAAAAAAACUUUUAUACGUAUAUAAAUAACAUUAUUAUUUCAAAAUAUAUAUCUGAAUUUUUAUGUUUCUAUAUCUAUAUAAAAAAUUAUUUCCAACUGAUAAUCAAUAAAAAAUGAUUAAAAUAGAAAAAAGCAAAACUUUUUCGAUAAUAUUCAUUCAUUCUUUACUAUAUUUCUUU